CUGAGUCAACCCGGAACGGAAUUUAACAUGGCGUCCAGUCAUCAUCCGCAAAAUCAAGUUUUAGACAACAUUCCCAGGCAAGUCACAUCUAAAGUAUUUAUCCAGAGGGAUUAUUCUGAAGGAUCUGGUGUCAAAUUUAUUACCAAAUUUCCAACAGAUUUAGAAGGCAAAAUUGAACAUUCAACGUUUCAAGACACAAUAGAAAAAUUGAAUUCUAUGUUCGCAGAAGCUGAAGAGGUUGGCUCGCGUUCACACUGUGAGGGCUGUCUGGCAUGUCUUACUGGAUAUACUAUUUUUCUUUGUUUACCUACACACUAUCAAAAGUGUUUGAAGCGGAUAGCAAGGUUUGUGCAGGAACAAAAUGAUACGAUAUAUGUGCCUAGGGGCCUCAUGAUUACAGAUCCAAUGGAAAGAGGACUUCGAGUUAUUGAAAUAAACAUACUUCGUCAGGACACUUGAUGGCAAAGUUGAGGUAUAAUUAUUUGAUGGCGUGUGUACAGUAUACAGUGUCAAACAGUGUCUUAAUAUUAGUGAAUUUACACCUUUAUAAUAGUGAUUUGUAAAGACAUACAGUAGUAGUCUUACUCCAUGCUAUGUAGUAUCACAUUCAACAACCUUAAACCUACUAGAGCACUUAUUUUUUUCAAACGUUUGAGUUUUUACACUAAUAUAGAAUAGAUCAAAAGAAUUUAGAACUUAUUAAAAAUGGUUGGUAUCACUCAGUGUAAGAGUUGUAUUGUCA